AUGGAGUUGGCCGCAGCUGAUCGUCCUCCUUUCGCGCCAUUACACAGUCGACGAGGGAAUCAAGCUCAAAAGGACGAUGAAACUGCACAAAAUCAUGAAAAUGAAAAUUCUGGAAAGACUGAACCAGAGACUGCAGCUGCUGAAAAUCCAACAAGAGACAAUUCCGUUUUGUCUCAUGAAUCUAAAGGAAAUCCUGAAACCAACAGUUCCAUGAAUCCCUUGACUCGGUCUUCAACUAGAAAGGCAAAUGAAGAAUUAAACAUUGCUCUUUUCUCUCAAAUGGAGCCUCAGAGUGUCAAGGAAGUCUUUGAUGACCCUUCUUGGGUAGAGGCAAUGGAGGAUGAGCUUCAUGAGUUUGAGAAUAACCAAAGUGUUGAAAUGUGUUCAAGAUUCCAAUUAAAACUAAAAGAGUCUCAUCUUUCUGCAGUUAAGAGGAUCAUUAGAUAUGUUCAUAGCACAUUCAAUUUUGGUCUAUGGUAUCCUAAGAUUGAUGAUUUUUCUGCAGUUGGCUAUUGUGAUACAAAUUUUGCUGGUGAAAUAGUUGAUAGAAGGAGCACAUCAGGCUUAUGUUGUUUUCUUGGAAAGUCUUUGAAUGUUUGGUCAAGUAAGAAGCAGUCAACAGUGGCUUUAUCCACUACAGAGGCUGAAUAUAUAGAUGCUUCUUCUUAUUGUUCUCAGCUUAUGUAG